AUGGGUAAGGAUUACUACGCAAUCCUCAACGUUGCCAAAGGCGCAUCGGACGACGAAUUACGCAAGGCGUAUCGCAAGCUCGCGUUAAAGUGGCAUCCGGACAAGAAUCCUAACAACAGUGAUGUGGCUCAAAAAAAGUUCCAGGAGAUCGGCGAAGCGUACGAGGUUCUUAGUGAUAAGAAGAAACGCGAAAUUUACGACAUGUACGGAGAGGAGGGCCUUAAAGGUCAGCCCGCCGGGCCUGAAGGACCCGAGGGUGGCAUGCCAGGUGGUAUGGGUGGUGGCAUGGGCGGCAUGCCGGGCGGCUUUACUUUCACGACGUCCUCAAGUGGCUUCCCUGGUGGCAGCUUUUCAUUCCACUCGUCUGACCCGUCCAAGAUUUUUGAGCAAUUUUUCGGCACGUCGAAUCCUCACGAAGCCGAGAGCAACGAUCCAAUGGCUUCCAUGUUUGGCGACAUGGGCUUUGGUGGUAUGCGUGGUAUGAGGAGCGGGGGAUUUGGUGGCCGUGAUCCUUUUGGUCAGCAGCGUCAACCACGCGCACAGUUAUUAAAAAGUGAACUGGAUGUGCCGCUGGAGCAGUUGUUCACUGGAUGCACCAAAAAGCUAAAAAUCACGCGCAAGGUGCACGAUCCGAGUUCAAAUCAAAUUCGUGAGGAACAGAAGAUCUUAGAAAUCAACAUUAAGCCAGGUUGGAAGGAUGGAACGAAGGUGACUUUUGAAGGCCAGGGUGACGCUAUGCCUGGACGACCGGCUCAAGACAUCGUGUUCGUGGUGAAGGAAAAACCACACAACAAAUUUAAACGGGAGGGUGACAACCUCAAAUAUCACGCGAAGUUGUCAUUGCGUGACGCAUUAUUGGGCAAUGGAACACUAACAAUAAAAACUUUGGAUGGGCGGGAAGUUCCUGUUCCACUUGGCGGUGUAAUUUCUCCCGGAACUCAGCUAGUGAUUGCAGGUGAAGGCAUGCCACUACAAAAGAGACCGUCGCAGCGAGGUAAUUUGAUAGUGGAGUUUGACGUGCAAUUUCCCACUCAUCUGACAGAUGCCCAGAAGAAUCUGAUACGCCAAGCCUUGUAA